AUGGAGUUGGAACAGCCAAAAGAAGACUGUGCUCCAGCCCAGCCAGCAUCCACACCUCCGUCUCAGUCAAAGAAACCAAGCCAGGCUCUGUACGUCCCCAAGCAACGCGUUCAGGGCGCCAAAGACAAAGCUCAGACUCAGGGCGAAGUCAAACCAAGACCCAGGCCUCGCUACACAGACAAGGCUAGGAAAAAUGCAAAGAACAAGAAGGACAAGGCUGGAGCAGCGGAUAAGGGUCCUGUUGAUGGAGGUGAGCUACAGGAUGGUGACCGCAAGCCUGAUGUGAAGGAAGAGCGGUUACAGGAUGCAGAUGUGCAGAUUAAUGGGCACGUUGACUCAGCAAAUGUGGCUGCAGAUGCUAAUUCACGACUGGAAGCAACAGGCUUUCAGGAGGAAGAGGAAGAAGAGGAGAGUUGGGACACCUUGUUCAAUGAUGAUGGAGAUUGUCUGGAUCCACACCUGCUUGAAGAGCUUGCUAUUAAGGAAGGUAGAAAGAAGGAUUCUAUCCAGCAGCCUAGGUUUGAUUACUACAACAUGGACCGAGAUGACGAUGAUGAUGAUGAUGAAGAUAUCGACCUCAGUGAAGAUGAACUUGCUCACAUCGUAGAGAUCUACGACUUCCCCACUGAGUUUAAGACAGAGGACCUUCUCAAGUUGUUUCAGUGUUACCAACAGAGAGGCUUUGACAUCAAGUGGAUUGAUGAAUCACAGGCCCUGGGCCUUUUCUCAAGCCCCAUAGCAGCUCGUGAAGCUUUAAGGUCCAAACACCCACUGAUGAAGUUGCGACCACUCUCCAAAUCCUCCUCUGCUACAAAGGCCAAAGCCCGUAGCUGCUCAGACUACCUCCUGCCUGCUAAAGAGAGACCUCAGACGAGUGCAGCUCUGGCUCGCAAGCUUGUAAUCGGUGCCCUUGGUGUUAAGAGCAACCUUACAAAGGAGCAGCGCGAUGCAGAGAGAAGGAAACUUCAGGAGGCCAGAGAACAAAAGCAGAUGGCAGCCAAACAGAAGGAAGAUGCUUGGGAGGGGAAGUGACUGGACAGAAAACUACCCCCCAUCUGUUUUCUUUUUUUGAUUUAGCAGAGGCUAAAGUCUGCUCCAUUUCUUCUCCUGCUCUGCUUUUCUCCACUGGCCACCCCUCCUACCACCAUACUUCCCAGAAAUGGAUUCCCACCAUUUUUUCCUUCAGUAGUUCUUAGCAAGCUCUCACAGAAUGCCUCAUCAUCCAGUGUUACAUCAGAUGAGAGAAUACUGCUACUGCUCCCCCACCUUUAUGUUCAUACCUAUAUGUCCAUGCUGGCCAGGGCUAAUGCAGCCGACUCACCUGCUUUCAUAUCGCUCAACCUUGUAACCACAGUCUGUAGUGAAGCACUGAGUCUAAUCAUUUAUAAAGGGUCACUAAUGCUUCGAAGUAAUAUUUUUAAAAUAGAUUUAAGCCAUUAUGUUUGUCUUUAUAUGGAAUUAUUUUAAUGUUUUUAAAGAUGACCCAAUGUAAGUGCGAGGGCAGCAAAGCUUUCUGUUAAAGGUCCCGUAAUAUUAGUUAUUCAGUCAUGAUGAUACAUUACAUCAAUAUACUCUGUAUGAAACAUAGUUGAGGUUAGACUCUGUUCGAGAAGUUGAAUUUAAAGUUGUGUCGUUUAAAAAAAGAUAAUGUACCAUAGUUUACGGUCAGUGGAAUGCUCACUUUUAUCUACAUUGGAUUAGCUCCUCUUAUUAAAUAUUUACUGAGAAAUGAAAAGCCAAAGAAGAUGUUGCUGUUCUUGUCCAGUAUCAUGGUUGUUCUGAGUCUUGUUGCUCAAGCAGGACUGAUGAUGAUGAUGAUGUUGAUGUUGUCAUUCAUUCUGAAGAGCAACUUUCAACCAAAUCUUUUAGUUGACAGAUUUUGUCUAAGGCUUUAGAGUGGUGCUGCUGUACCUUGUCCCUGUUCAGAAACAACCACAUUCACGUGUCGGUCCAAUAAUGGAGACGAAAUCUAUGUAGACAAAUAGUUGUCCUUUUAGCACAUUUACCUGUUUUAAGACAUUGUGAAUAAUCUGGUGCUAGUACAUUAGUAAUCUACAUCCUGAUAAAUGAGUAGCAUGCCGUCUGCACAGUGAAAUAUAGGGUCAGUAAACUUGAAUGCUAUUGAGCAGAUGUUGUAUUUCCAUUGUAUAUGUUUUAAUUUGUCAAAACAAAGGAAAAAAUAUCCUGAAAUAAUAAGCUGAAUAAAUGAGGUUUAAAAAAAUGAA